CUGCAACAAUUGAACGUCAGUACUAUAAUAAAAAUAUUGAAAUUAGUAAACAAACAAGAUUUAAUACUAUGCAUAUUUGCUAUGACUGGGCUCAAAAUGUACUGAUUCCCUACUCACCAUGGCAACCAGGAGGUUUAUUUUUUAAAUCUCCAUUUAAUGUUCAUCUUUUUGGAAUUACUAAUACUAGUUUGGAACCUACAACUCAAUGA